CUUCCUCUUUCCUUGUGCCUGUAUCUGAGAGGAGCAGGGUGGCCAUCGGCUCCGAUCGCAAUCCGACUCCAUCCUCAUUGAAAGGCACCGCGUAUCGUCGCCAGAAUGACUGAGCAGAUGACUCUAAGAGGGACCCUGAAAGGCCACAAUGGCUGGGUUACCCAGAUUGCUACCACUCCGCAGUUUCCAGACAUGAUUCUCUCUGCAUCCAGAGAUAAAUCUAUCAUCAUGUGGAAGCUGACCCGGGAUGAGACCAACUACGGCAUCCCCCAGCGUGCUCUCCGCGGCCACUCCCACUUCGUCAGUGAUGUGGUCAUCUCCUCUGACGGUCAGUUUGCUCUGUCUGGAUCUUGGGAUGGAACGCUUCGACUUUGGGACCUGACUACAGGCACAACUACCCGACGCUUUGUCGGGCACACCAAGGAUGUCUUGAGUGUUGCCUUCUCUGCUGACAACCGCCAGAUUGUGUCAGGCUCUCGGGAUAAGACCAUCAAGCUGUGGAACACUCUGGGAGUCUGCAAGUACACAAUCCAGGAUGAAAGCCACACUGAAUGGGCUUCCUGCGUGCGCUUCUCUCCAAACAGCAGCAACCCCAUCAUCGUCUCUUGCGGCUGGGACAAGAUGGUUAAGGUCUGGAAUUUGGCUAACUGUAAGCUGAAGACUAACCACAUUGGACACACUGGCUAUCUGAACACAGUCACGGUCUCUCCCGAUGGCUCCCUGUGUGCCUCUGGUGGCAAGGAUGGUCAGGCAAUGCUGUGGGACCUGAAUGAAGGCAAGCACCUGUACACUUUGGAUGGUGGAGACACAAUCAACGCUCUGUGCUUCAGCCCCAACAGAUACUGGCUGUGUGCUGCUACUGGACCCAGCAUCAAGAUCUGGGACUUGGAAGGCAAGAUCAUCGUUGAUGAGCUGAGGCAGGAGGUGAUCAGCACCAGCAGCAAGGCUGAGCCCCCACAGUGCACAUCCCUGGCCUGGUCUGCAGAUGGUCAGACCCUGUUUGCUGGUUACACCGACAACCUGAUCAGAGUUUGGCAGGUCACCAUCGGCACACGAUAAUUGUUUUCUACGAAAAUGAAGAGAACUGUUGAACUGUUGGAGCUUUGAAUAAAAAUUUGAAAUUUG